AUGGAGAGGGUCUGCCCAGAAUUUCAAGGCUUGGAAGAUGAUGAUGAUGACAAUGACAACGAUGACGAAUUCAGCUACCCCUGCCAAUCCACACGUCCUCCACCCCAAUGCAAGAGCCAUGACAGCUCAGGUGAUGGUCAGGUGGAGGAUCUGGGGGAACCCAUCCCAUUUUCCCUAAAUCCCAGGCACUCUUACAUGGUGAAAGACGACGGAGUGAAAAAUAGAAUAUAUGCCAAGAAGGUGAUCAAGCAUGCACUGGAGCUUGAGGAGGAAGCUCAGGAGUUUCAGGAACCAUGUUACAAAGACACAGAAAUGCUUGGCAGCUUGUCCGAAGAUGAGGACCACAGCUGGACCCGUCACCUUCCUGUGCAUCAAAGGUCUCACGUUCUCCGAAAUGCCAGUAUGGCACCAUGCGGCUCCUAUGACUCUUUCCAGUGUAGCGCGGGCAAGCACUUGGGGAUGGAUGCCUUUGCCACAUGGGCCCAUGCCAGUGACCCUUAUCUGGGGUACCCAGAGCGCACCAAGGGAGCAGAGCCCCACAUGCUGCACGAGGAGGCCAUUGGGGACAGGGAGCUCCCGUCCCUGCAUCUGACCCAUGACACGCUCAGGGAGGAGAAUGCCACGCUCAGGAGGGUGGUCAGGAGCAUGCAGAGCUCCUUGGAGAGCCAGGCGUGCACGGUGCAGAGGCUGGAGAGGCAGCUGAAGGCCAGUCUGGCCAAAGAGGAGAGGGAAGCCCAAGAGCUACAGUCCUUUGUCCAGCGGAUGGAGUGGAGUCUCCAGCUAAUGACCCAGCGGGCUCUGGAGGCAGAAAGCAACGUGGAGAAGCUGAAGCAGGAGAUCUUUAUUCUCCAGGGAGAGCUGGAGAGCUCCAAGGUGGAGAACGAAAACCUGAGAGCAGGCCAAACGACUGACCUAGGAGCUGUGAAGCACAACAUAAACUUCGCCUUGCAGAACCUCCACAAGAUAAUAACGGGUGCAAACUGGUCCAUCAGACAGCUUGUCUCUGGAGCAGAGUCCCUGCACUUUGUUGCUGAGGUCCUUCAAUCCACUGGCAAGAUUUCCGAAGUUGAAGCAGAAAAAGAGCUAUAA